CCGUCCGUUUGCCUACCGACGGCCCGGGAUUGCCCUUGCCGGAAUUCCUCGCUGCCGCCUGCCCGCUGCGGCGCAUUAUUGCCGACCUUGCCGCACGCGGAUAAAUCAAACUCGCCGCGCCGGAAAGCGACCGCAGAGCCGGCCCGUCUCCUCUCCUCUCCUCCCUGACGCUAUAUAGCUACUCGUACUGUGUUCCCCACGCCUAACCACUCCGACGCGUGACAGCCGCCGGCGCCGAUCUGACCAGCCUCGCUUCGCCUGCCUCGUACGCGCGCCGGGGAAAGGGAAAGUGAAAAGGGAAGAGGAUCAGGGGAAGAUGUGCUGCUGUUGCGGCGGCGACGACCGCGACCACGAGCACGGCUGCCGCCCGCUCGGGUUCCUGCUCGGCCUGCCCUUCGCGCUCCUCGCCGUCCUCGUCUCCAUCGUCGGCGCCAUCAUCUGGAUCAUCGGGCUGCCCAUCUCGUGCAUCUGCCCGUGCUGCCUGUGCGUGACGCUGCUGCUGGAGGCGGCGGUGGAGCUCGUCAAGGCGCCGCUCCACGUCAUGACGUGGUUCACCUCCAAGAUACCCUGCUGAUUCCUCGGUGACCAGGAACCGCUCGCUCGCCCCCCUCGCUUAUGUCUUAGUCGGCGUUGCACAUGUCCGCAGAUUCUUGUUGUUUUUUUCCCCUCGAAACAUAUAUGUUCGCAGAUUGAUCGGCGUAUAUUUCGCACCA